GAAUACAUGAGAAAACAUCUAAAAUUCAUGAAUUUGAGAUAAAAUUGGUAGUGUAGAGUUUGAGAUAGCAAAAAUUUACACAAAUGAUGGAUAUUAGCAAUUUACUUAUUCCAACACGUAUAAAUACAGUGGAUGGUUACCUAUCUUUCCCAAGCAAGAUAACAAUUAGUCAUCACUUGGUGUGUACAAGAAAAACUUUUCUUGAUUUUGUCAUCUUUUCAGUAGACUGCGUCUCACUUCUUCUUCUAUUUUGUGAGAUUGAAAUUAUCACACACACACAAUCAAAAUUGGCAAGUGCAAUGGCAGCAGAUUCGUCGUGUUCCCACUGGUGGCACGCCCCCUUGUACCUGGGCAUGUCCUUGACCCUGGCAUUGAUGGCCAUCUCCAGCGCCAAAUACCCCUCCCCCAUUCACCCUCUCCCGCCUCCCAUUCCCCACGCCCUCGCCUUCAACGCCUCCACCGCCCUCCGCCUCCGCGGCGCCUUCCACAUCACCGCCACCCUCCUCCAAAUCUCCCCGGAGCUCUUCCUCUCCUCCCCGGAGACCACCCUCUUCGCCAUCCAAGACUCCGCCAUCUCCAACCUCUCCCUCCCGCCAUCCACUAUGCGCCACCUCCUCCGCUUCCACGCCGUCCCCGCCGCCCUCCCCAUGGCCGAGCUCUCCAAGAAACCCACCGGUUUCUGCUUCAACACGCUCGCCCACGACGACGACAGGCUCGCCAUCACCACCAACAACGACGACGGCACCCUCAUGAUCAACCACGUCUUGGUCUCUCACCCGGAUAUGUUUCUCCAAGGCCCCCUGGCCGUGCACGGCGUCGCCGCGCCCUUCGACACCACGCCGCCCUCGUGUCGCCUUUUCAAUCAGAGCAGCGUUUUUGCAGGGAGCGGAGCGGUUGAGUGGAGGAGGAUAGUUAGGGUCUUGAGCUCCAACGGAUUUGUUUCCUUUGCCAUCGGAUUGAACGCUGUUCUUGAUGGGAUUCUUCGAGAUUACUCGAAUCUCGCCUCUGUCACCGUGUUUGCUCCGCCUAAUUUCGAGUUUCUUUCUUCGCCGUCGCCCUUGUUGGACAGAAUUGUGAGACUUCACAUUCUGCAACGGAGUUUCAGUUAUGUGGAGUUGAGUGCAGCCGGGAAUUCAUCGCUCGCCACACUGCUUCCCAACUCUCAUCUCCAGAUUACUCAUUUUUCUCCAAAUCUCGCUGUAAAUGGAGUCCAAAUUACUAGGCCCCACGUCUUCUCCUCCACCAACUUGGUCGUUCAUGGAAUUUCUAGGGAUUUUGAUUUCCAGACUUUGUUUGAGUAGACUUCACUCUUCUGUCUUUUCAUUUUCUUUUAUCUUUUCUGCUCUUCUUUUACAUUUGUGAAGGAAGACAGAAAUGUAGAUAUGGUUUUUGACUUCUUAUUCAUGAUUCUUCGAGGAUGAGAUGAAUAUUAACAGAACGUAAUUUUUUCCCCCGAUUAUGUGAUUGAGAAGUGGAAAAUAUUCAUCGUUUGAAAUAUA